UGUAUGGAUCAUAUAAGGAGAGGCGACAGCUCUGUCUUUACUGAUAUUGAUUAUCGUCCAUUCUUUCCAAUCAAAUCUCAAAAUGCACUUCAUCACCAUCUUCGCUGCUGCCGCUCCCUUCAUCGCGGGCGUUUCCGCGUCUUGCUAUACUUCUGGAGCCUCAUGGCCCAGUGGAAGAGGUGACAAAGCCGCGCUUGUUGCUGCUGAAACUGCUUGCGAUGAAAUGAUCGCGAGGGGCCCUUUCGCCGUUGGCGCAGACGUGGUAAAUGAGGAUAGGAAGAUCUGCCGUCCUCUCGCAGGCGACAAGACAAAGUCCAUUGACUUUGAAAUUCAAUAUACGGCCAAUGAUUCAGAGGACGUUGAUCGCGCCUUGUGUGUCAAGGCUUUCUCGGCAGAGAUCAACGGCUGCGACAAGGGUGGCUUCCAUAGAGAAGGCGUUAAAUGGUGGUUCAUUGCCGACCCCCAAGCGGCCAGCUGCAAAUAA